CAUGGUGGGCCACCCGUCCCCACAAAAAGCACUGACAACGCAAUCGUGGUCUUUCUCAAUUGGUCCACGUGUGCGAUGGAGACAUGGCCUUCUCUUCAUUCGGAGAAAAAUAAUUCAGAUUUCAUUCGACACGUGUCGACGUUCAUGUACCCAGCGCCCCGGUAUAUCGCGAUACGGUAAAUUGACCAAGGGUAGAAUUAGAAAGCAAGCAGAAGACGUUUUGCGGAAAAGGAAGCGUCAAAAUAAACACGUGGCGGGCACACAGCCUGUUUUGGUCGGUAAAGGGCAAUUGGGGCAAUUCGGGCAUUCUAACUUCAACCCCCAGAGUUGGCUACCGGAGCUGCUUCCACGAGAAAUAGAGAAAUUUCACCACGUUGCUUUUUCUUCUCUCUCUGUGCGCGUGUAUAUAAGUCGACAUAGAUACUUCUCUCUCUCUCAAAUCUUGUUUGAAAGAGAUGGUAGCGGCCGGAAACGGUGCUACGACGGGCAGUUCGCUUGUUUCAGGUCGAUGCGACUGCCAAUGACCGCUGUGCACUCUAGACAAGGACAAAGCAGAACGAUGCAAGAGGAAGAUGAUGACUCGCCGGCGAAAUGCCGAGAGCGCCGCCGCCGGAGGAUCGAGCGGAGGCGCUUGGGCCCCCCCACCGCGGCCGGUCCUUCUUCGUCGGCGUCUCCCGCCAUUGGAGAGAAUCCAGCCGAUGUUUCAGACGGGAAGAGAAUUCGUACGGAGGGAGCCGCAGAUCUGACGUCGUCGUCGUCCGGUGAUGAGGUGGAGGCGUUUCCCGGUUCACCGUCGGUGGGCGGGAUGGCGACUCGGGUACCCGGUCCGGCCACUGAUGUAACGCCGGUUUACGGGAUGAUGUCUGUCGCGGGAAGGUCACGUGAUAUGGAGGACGCGAUACAUGUACAGACGAACCUUUGCCGGCCGGAGUUUAACCGGCGGCUUCCCGUGCAUUACUUUGGCGUUUACGACGGACAUGGGGGAACUCACGUGGCCGCCCUGUGUAAGGACAGGAUGCACCUGCUAAUGGAGGAGGAACUGAUGCGCGUGGGACAGGCUGGCGCCGGCAGCAGCUCGAGGCGGGAGCCGGCGGCGGAGGGGUUGUACAGGGCGGCGAUGAGGAGGUGCUUCGAGAGGAUGGACCAGGUGGCGCUGAGCACGUGCGCGUGCGGGAGCAUCGGGUACCUGUGCGGGUGCCACCCGAUGGAGGUGGCGCUGUCGGGGUCCACCGCCGUCGUGGCCCUCGUGACGGCUAACCACAUUGUCGUGGCCAACUGCGGCGACUCACGCGCCAUCCUCUGCCGCGGCGGCAGGGCCGUCCCUCUGUCGGAGGAUCACAAGCCCGAUAGACCAGAUGAAUUUGCAAGAAUCCUAGCUUGUGGGGGGAGGGUGAUCUAUGUGAAUGGAGCCCGAGUCGAAGGAAUCCUUGCUAUGUCCAGAGCUUUAGGAGACAACUAUCUGAAACCGUUCGUGAUAUCGGAACCGGACAUUACCUUCACAAAACGUCACCCGCAAGAUGAGUGUUUGAUUCUGGCGAGUGAUGGACUGUGGGACGUCCUAUCAAACGACUUGGCUUGUGAGAUAGCCAGCGAGUGUCUUCGGGAAGGGAGUCCUCCCACUGCGCCUCGGAUGCAAGAAGAUGAAGGGGCUGCAGUGGCAUUGUUCCCGUCUCGUAGCGCGUCGGCAGCCACGCUGCUCACGCGCCUCGCUCUGGGCCGGAGAAGCUCCGACAACAUCAGCGUCAUAGUCGUUGAUCUGAAGAGGCGCUGAUCGCGUAAGUAUUACUAGGUUAUAAAUAAAACUUACUAAGAACUUUUCUGUUGAUAUGAGAUAGGGCCUUUACAGGGUUGCAUGGUGGAGAAACUGACCAUGCACCUCUGAAACUGAAUUGGGAGUUUGGUAUAGUUUUAUCUUCAUUUUGGUUUUGCAAAAGUUGCAUCCUUUGACAUAAGAGAUGUGAUGUUAUAUAUAGAACAUAAGUUUCAUGUAUAGUAAAACUUGCUUUAUUA